AUGGACGGAAGAGAGAGAAAGGAGCCUGAAAGGGAUUCCAAACUGUCCGUGAGUCCUUCCCCAUCCAACGCCUCCUCCAACACCUCUCUCACCACACCUCCAGCAAAUACCCCUCCUGAGGGCCUGAUCACUGACGCUAUCCCUGCAUUAAACCUGUCGCUGCAGCAGGUCAAAGAGCUCGCUCACCAGAAACGCUCCAACAAGAGGGCCCCACCCAUGGACUGGACCAAGAAGAAUGAACUCUUUAGUAAUCUAUAG